AUGUCAUUAGAUGCAUUGAAGGAGAAUGUGGAGGCCCUGAACGACUGGCUCCGCGCUGCAACCGAUCUUGAGAAAGAGAACGCGCGGUUGACAACACAACUCGUGGAACAAUUAACAGCGUACAAUGAGCUCCGCAGUAAAUACGACAUACUAAAGCAAGAGGCAAUCAAACGGCAGACAGAUGCUGAAGAGCUGGAGCAGACAAAGGCUGACAACAAUGCCAAGAUGGAGAAACUGUCUACCACGGUUCAUUCAACACUUGGUAUGCUCAACUCGGUUUUCCGUAAGCUUCGGGAGCAAGAACAGAGGAUCCUCGAGGCAGAGGCCAGAGAACAGACACUGCAGACCCGUUACGACUCUCUACAAGAACGAGAGGAUGCUUUGGCAGCCGAGAACGCUGGAUUAAAGACAAAGUUGGAAGCAGUCAAUAACCACGAAGUCCGCACACUCAAGGACCGCAAUUCGUCCGAAUACAAAGUAACCUCUUCCGCAGAUCAAAGAAAGGCCCAGCUCGUGGUCGAGUCCUUGGAACGUUUACAGCGUCGUUUUAACCGUCUCGCCGACCAAAAAGAAAGAGCAGAGAGGAAGUUCUUCAAAUCCUACCUCGAAUGGAGUGGUUUCAAGGAAUGGUGGCGACAGUUCUGUUCCAUUCCGAGCGUCAAUGACGCUAUUCGUACCUUUAAUCGCUCACUACGAGACAGCAAAGCCCGAGGUGCUCUUCCAGGAAACGCUUUGAAGUCGACCGACUCUCUAUCGACAGAUGCAAUUGUCACCACCCGUGCUGCGCCGACGGGUGAGAAAGUGUUGUCGUCCAAGGACAUGCUUGAAGCGGCUUGUGAAGAUCUCUCAAGGACGUAUCACCAAUUCGCUACACAAUACGAAGCGUUUGGGUUUGACGCUCCUCCCUUUACCACCGAGCAAUCGAAAGAGGCCACUCAGAUUUUCGAUACCGACAAGACGCAAGAGACAUCGGCGGGUACACCAACGCGGCCGUUCAGGUUUAAUCUCACAGGUAUUCCUCUUCCUCAACCGACAAUUUAUGAAUCACCAACGAGGAGGAUCAAGACACCCGUUCGUCACGUCUCUCCAGACUCGCCCGUGGCUAUCAAGCUUGAAGAAUCGCCCAUCAAGGUUCCGAAUGCAGCUCCUCCCCAUCCAAGCGCGAGUACUCCGCUUGGCGAAGCUCCUGUUGCUGGUCCCAGCCAUUCGUCUCUUGGGAAGCGAAAAGCUCCCAUCGAAGAAAGCCAUUCGUUGCAAGUAAAGAGCGGCAGAAAGAGCUACGUACCCUUGGUGCAGCAAUACAUGGACGGGACCAAAGUCGUGUCAUCCAACUCGAGCAAGAAGCGGCAUACAGAGGCGCUUGAUAGGGACUCGAUUACACCGAAACAACAUGGUAAACCGAUCAAAGGCCGAUCAACAACGGGAAAGGCCGUGACCAGAUACGAAGUCAAUCCUGAUCGGAACAACGGGGUUAAUUUUGCGUAUGACGAAGUCGUGCGCAACAAGGCAGAGAGAAAGCGUAUGGAAGCGACCGACUGUGAUCAAUGUCGAGAGUUUUACAAGGCUGCCGGGCCUCUCCCACCACGAUUGCAGGCGCCUCUCUGGAAGAGCCCGACAUCAAGUCAAGACCCCGCCGCUGCACCACAGCGUCAUUUCAAUACGUCUGGAACACCACGUCUUAUCAAGUUCUAUACGCCGCUCAGGUCGCCCGAACUUGCGACAGUCAUUCCACAGAAAAUAUUCAAGCUCAUCUCAUCACGACCUCCAGGAGCAUGCAACUUUCUUGAUGUGCCAGACCUAGACAUGACUUCCCAGCUUAACAUCGCGAGCAAUGACCGCAUAUGCGUAGUCUACCGAAACUAUGCGACUCUGUACUUUGUCUUUGUCAUAGACGGUGGAGAAAGCGAGCUCGGGAUCCUAGACCUGAUCCAGGUAUUUGUGGAAUCACUCGAUAAGGCGUUUAGAAAUGUGUGA